AAAGCCGGCGCGGACCCCGAGGUGAGCAUGGCCGUGACCGUGGACGCUGCCCCGCGGCUGGGCUGGACCGUGCUGAGAGCCCUGCUGCGGUUCGCUUUCAUGGUGGCCAACAACCUGGUGGCGAUUUCCUCCUACAUCUGCUAUGUGCUGCUGCUGCAGCCCCUGCGCGUGCUGGAUGCCAAGCUCUUCUGGCACCUGGAGGGGCUCAUGUACAAGUGGCUGCUGGGCAUGGUGGCCUCGUGGGGCUGGUACGCAGGAUACACAGUGAUGGAGUGGGGCGACGAUGUCAGAGCCAUCGCAGAGGACGAGGCCGUGAUGCUGGUGAACCACCAGGCAACAGGCGACGUGUGCACACUGAUGAUGUGCCUCCAGGACAAGGGGCUUGUUGUUGCUCAGAUGAUGUGGUUGAUGGAUCAUAUCUUUAAGUACACAAACUUUGGAAUCGUCUCUUUAAUUCACGGAGACUUCUUUAUACGGCAGGGGAAGUCCCACCGAGACCAGCAGCUUCUUCUGCUCAAAAAGCACCUGGAAAAUAAUUACAGAAGCCGAGAUCGAAAAUGGAUUGUUUUGUUUCCAGAAGGGGGUUUCCUCAGGAAGAGGCGAGAAACAAGCCAGGCCUUCGCCAAGAAAAACAACCUGCCAUUCCUCACCCACGUUACCCUGCCACGCGUCGGGGCCACCAGCGUCAUCCUGGACACGCUGGUUGCGCGGCCGGAGAACGGGAGCCCCGCCGGGGGCGAUGCCAAGGAGCAUGGCAGCAAAUCCAAAGGCCUCCAGUGGAUAAUAGAUACAACCAUAGCUUACCCCAAAGCUGAACCCAUCGACAUACAGACCUGGAUCCUGGCUUACAGGAAGCCGACGGUCACUCACGUCCACUACCGGAUCUUCCCCAUCAAAGAUGUUCCCCUGGAGACGGAGGGCCUCACCAACUGGCUCUACCAGCGUUUCAUUGAGAAGGAGGACCUCUUAUCCCAUUUCUACAAAACAGGGGCCUUCCCGCCCGCCCGGGGCCAGAAGGAAGCCGUCGCCAGGGAGAUGACCCUCAGCAACCUGUGGAUACUACUCAUCCAGUCCUUCGCCUUCCUGUCCGGCUACAUGUGGUACAGCAUCGCCCGGUAUUUCUACCGCUGCCUUUUUUAGGAACUGACUUGGACUUGUCAAGGUCACCCCAGGCUCGAAACUUUCAUAACAAGCAUCAUUUCACGUGUGCAAAUCAGAAUAUAUAUAUAUAUAUAUUCUGAUUUAUAUAUAUAUAUAUAUAUAUAUAAAACAGGUGAUUCAGUGGCUGGAUUAGUAUUUAUCCCCCUUUGGGAUAUUUUAAAACUCUACUAAAUGAGGAUCAGUAACAUGACGACCCGCUAGUAUGCUAUCAGGACUUUCCAUGUCUUAAAGAGAUACACACAUUUACACCAACAUCACAGCGAGAAGAGGACGUCGUGAGACCACCAUAGAAGACUGCAGGAUGCCGCGGCCCCAGCCCCAGGGUGCUCAAUGCUUGUGGCCUCCGGCCCUGUAUUGGUGUCCUGAGAGGGGCACCCUGGUCCCAGGCUGUGGGCAGGCAGGACAGGAAGCACUGUCUGUACUUGCUUGCCCACGCUGAGCGGGCUGCCAGUUCCCUGGUGCACAGGCUGUGGCCUGUAGGGGACUCUCCGCCCCAAGGCCUGUCCAUGGCUGAGCAGCUGCGACCGCACCAGGCCACAGGCCGGGGCUUUGCUGCCACUGGACUGUGCGCCCCCUACCCCGGCCUGCGCAGAGCUUGCCUGGGGGGCACAGGCGCUGGAGGCGUCGUGUCGUGUGCAGGUGGUUAGGAACAUUAACCCCACACAUGCUACACGGUGCGGCUGCCAGGUUAUGCUAAGCGGGGAGCCAGGCCCAGGUGGUUCCCGCACGGCCCAAGGCUGCGUCCCACCACUGGGAGCUGCCGUUGCUUCCUAAGAGGAAAAGUCAUGUCUAUUUCUAGAAAGGGUUUGUG